CCAGCAUUGUGCAGCACUACAACGAUUGGUGAUUUAGCGUUUUUUCGGCAUAAAAGAAAAGUCUGUGUAAUAUUAAAAACUGCAAUCGUUGAACAUAUUUAUUAUUGGGGGAAAAAUCAACGCAAGCAAAAAAUGAGCCUCACAUCCGCCGCGGGGAUAAUAUCCCUACUCGAUGAACCGAUGCCAGAUCUCAAGGUUUUCGCCCUAAAGAAGCUGGACAACAUUGUGGAUGAGUUCUGGCCGGAAAUAUCCGAGUCAAUUGAGAAAAUUGAAAUGCUGCACGAGGACCGAGCAUUUCCAGAGAACAAACUUGCUGGCAUGGUUGCGUCCAAGGUAUUCUAUCAUCUGGGCUCCUUUGAGGAUGCACUCACAUAUGCGCUGGGCGCUGGCGAUCUGUUCGAUGUGAAUGCGCGCAACGAGUACACUGAGACAAUCAUUGCCAAAUGCAUUGAUUUCUAUAUUGCGCAACGCGUUGAUUUCAUUGAGAAUCCCAAGGAGGCAAAGCCUGUGGAUGAGCGUCUGGAGGCCAUUGUGAAUCGCAUGAUUCAACGUUGCCUGGACGACAAUCAGUACCGUCAGGCACUUGGCAUUGCACUGGAAACGCGUCGCAUGGACAUCUUUGAGGUGUCCAUCAUGAAGUCGGACGAUGUCCGUGGCAUGCUGGCCUAUGCCUACAAUGUCACCAUGUCGCUGCUCCAGAAUCGCGGCUUUCGCAAUCAGGUGCUGCGCUGCCUGGUUGGCCUCUAUCGAGAACUGGGUGUGCCCGACUAUGUGAACAUGUGCCAGUGUCUGAUCUUUCUGGAGGAUCCCCUGGCCGUUGCCGAAAUGCUGGACAAGUUGACCGGCUCCUCCGUCGAGGCCAACAAUCUGAUGGCCUAUCAAAUUGCAUUCGAUCUGUACGAGUCUGCGACACAGGAGUUCCUGGGCAACGUGCUCCAGGCACUCAAGGAUACUGCGCCCAUACCCACAGCCCUACCCAGCACAUUCAAGCCCCAGGGCACCACAGCAAACGGUAGCGAUGCCGCUGCCAAAUCUGAUGAUGAGAAGGCCAAAUUACUUAGCGAUGAGAGCAUGGAAACCAUCGAGGAUAAAGAUGGCGAUGUCAAGAUUGAGCGCACCAUCGACUCGCUGAACGACAUGGAAAAGCUUCAUCAGAAGAAUAUUGAGAAGCUAAUUUCCAUACUCUCCGGCGAAGUGUCCAUAGAUCUGCAGCUGCAGUUUCUCAUACGCAGCAAUCACGCCGAUUUGCAGAUACUGCGCGGCACCAAGGAGGCGGUGCGUGUGUCCAUUUGCCACACGGCGACUGUCAUCGCGAAUGCGUUCAUGCACAGCGGCACCACCUCGGAUCAGUUCCUGCGCGACAAUCUGGAUUGGUUGGCACGUGCCACAAAUUGGGCCAAGCUAACAGCUACCGCCUCGUUGGGUGUGAUACAUCGCGGACACGAAAAGGAUUCGCUGGCGCUCAUGCAAAGCUAUUUGCCCAAGGAGGCUGGACCCAGCUCUGGCUACUCCGAGGGUGGCGCACUGUACGCCCUGGGUCUGAUACAUGCCAAUCAUGGCGCCAAUAUAAUUGACUACCUGCUGCAGCAGCUGAAAGACUCCCAAAACGAGAAUGUGCGCCAUGGUGGCUGCCUGGGCCUGGGCCUAGCCGGCAUGGGCACCCAUCGCCAGGAUCUGUACGAACAAUUGAAGUUUAAUUUGUACCAGGACGAUGCUGUUACUGGCGAGGCAGCUGGCAUUGCCAUGGGCAUGGUUAUGCUGGGCUCCAAGAAUGCACAGGCCAUCGAGGAUAUGGUAUCGUAUGCGCAGGAGACGCAGCACGAAAAGAUUCUGCGUGGCCUGGCUGUUGGCAUCUCGUUGACCAUGUUUGCGCGCCUGGAAGAGGCCGAUCCGCUUGUCACCAGCCUCUCCACCGACAAGGAUCCCGUCUUGCGUCGCUCGGGCAUGUACACCCUGGCGAUGGCCUACAAUGGCACCGGCAGCAACAAGGCCAUACGCAAGCUGCUCCAUGUGGCCGUUUCUGAUGUAAAUGACGAUGUGCGUCGCGCUGCUGUCACGGCGAUUGGUUUCAUUCUGUUCCGCACGCCGGAGCAGUGCCCAUCGGUGGUUAGUCUGCUUGCCGAGUCAUAUAAUCCGCAUGUGCGUUAUGGUGCCGCCAUGGCGCUGGGCAUUGCCUGCGCCGGCACUGGUCUGCGUGAGGCAAUUGCCUUGCUGGAGCCCAUGGUCAAGUUUGAUCCUGUGAACUUUGUGCGUCAGGGUGCGCUUAUUGCAUCCGCCAUGAUACUCAUCCAGCACACAGACUUGAGCUGCCCCAAGAGCACCUUCUUCCGCCAGCUGUACGCCGAAGUCAUCAGCAACAAGCACGAGGAUGUCAUGGCCAAAUAUGGUGCCAUUUUGGCACAAGGCAUCAUCGAUGCUGGCGGUCGCAAUGCCACACUCUCGCUGCAAUCACGCACUGGACACACCAACCUGCAGGCUGUGGUCGGCAUGUUGGCCUUCACCCAGUACUGGUACUGGUUCCCGUUGGCGCACACGCUCUCGCUGGCAUUUACGCCCACCUGUGUAAUUGGUCUGAAUUCGGAUCUGAAGAUGCCCAAGAUGGAGUAUAGAUCGGCGGCGAAGCCAUCACUAUAUGCCUACCCAGCGCCACUGGAGGAGAAGAAGAGUGAAGAACGCGAGAAGGUGGCCACGGCUGUGCUCUCGAUUGCAGCACGACAGAAGCGUCGCGAGAAUGCCGACAAGAAGGAGGACGAGAAAAUGGAUGUCGAUGAGGACAGCAAGGAGAGCGCCGCUGCAGGCAGCAAAAAGGAUGAGGAGAAGUCCGAAACAGCUCUUAAGGCUGACGACAAGCCAGCGGAGGAGUCCAAGCCCAAGAAGAAGGAUGAUAAGGAAAAGAAAAAGGAAGACGAUAAGGAUAAGGAGGCCAGCACCAGCGUGGCUGGAGAAAAGGACAAAGAAAAGGACAAGAAGGAAAAGAAGGAGCCCGAACCCGCUUUCGAAAUGCUACAGAAUCCGGCACGUGCCCUGCGCCAACAGCUCAAGGUGCUCAGCGUUGCCGAUGGCCAGUUCUAUGAGCCCAUGAAAGAUGUGACAAUUGGCGGCAUCAUUGUAUUCCAGCAUACGGGCAAAACCGAAGAUCAGGAACUGGUCGAACCGGUCGCUGCAUUUGGUCCAAUGAACGAUGAUGAUAAGGAACCCGAGCCACCAGAGCCAUUCGAAUAUAUUGAGGAUUAAAUGGGCAUGUUGUUUGUCAUUAUCUAAGUAAACAUGUUUUUGGUUUUUCAAUAUUGCAUUCAAAUGUAUUUUUCACCAAAUUUACUAAACAACAACAAAAAAAAUACACAGAACUAACGCUAAUCCAUAAUUACCCAUAAUAAAUGUUCAUCGCUUAUGAUGU